AUGGAGUGGAAACUGGAGCGCGCAGCCCCGCGCAGGAUCCGGACCGAAGAGGAGAUGCUGUGGGAGAAUGUCAUGCGGGUGCUCGCCAAAGAUAUGAAGAAGAAAAGUCAAGUUUCUCCCAAGGCAUUUGAUGCAGUUACGACUACAUAUUCUAACUUUAAGAGCAACUUCGUGAAGAGGCUGUCGGCUGAGUUUCCUCUUGCCAGCAGCCCAGUUACCACAAGAUGGCAGCAAAACCAAACAAGGGACUUGGCAGCCUAUUCCUUUGGGGAAGAGCAUUUGACCACUGACCUUCUAGAAGCUUCUACAUCUGUGCUGAAGAUACCACUUGAGAAAGAGAUCUUGAUUCUAGGUGAGGUUGUAGAACCACCAAAGACCCCCAUCAAAGGAAGUUUUGAUAUGGAUAAUUCUGCCCUCGCAUUUUGCAAAGGACCUCACAUUCAAGAAGGAGGUUGGAAGGGAAUCAUUGCCUCAAAAAGUCAGAAAUGCCCAAGCCAGUUAUUUUCAACCCAGAAGGUGGCUCAUCAGGAGAGUGAACACCUGCAGUUUUGUGAGCGAUCCCACUGCUGCUGGAGAGGCUGUAGAGAUGGAGGCAGAGACGAGACCUUCCAUCUUAAAAGGUGCAGUGAUACAAACUACUCCAUAUACCAACCAGAGGUGAAGAUUCAUCUCAGUGGCCUUCGAAAUGACUACUAUCUGAAUAUCCUAGAUUGGAAUUUUGAAAAUCUUAUUGCUAUAGCCCUUGGAUCUUCUGUAUACAUCUGGCAUGGGGAAAACCACAGUGUGAUUGAAAAUAUAGACUUGAAUCUCACUUGUAACUAUGUAUCUUCAGUGUCCUGGAUUAAAGAGGGAAACUGUCUGGCUGUUGGCACCAGUGAUGGAGAAGUGCAAUUAUGGGAUGUGCUCACUAAAAAGCGUCUGAGAAAUAUGCUGGGUCACUUGUCUGUAGUUGGGGCUCUCAGCUGGAAUCACUGUAUCCUCAGCAGCGGAUCGAGGCUGGGCCGUGUGCACCAUCACGACGUUCGGGCAGCCCAGCACCUUGUGGGAACCCUUCGCCACCAGCAGGCUGUGAGUGCCCUGAAGUGGUCCCCGGAUGGCAGGCUGCUCGCCAGUGGCUGUAGUGAUGGGUUGUUGACCCUGUGGCCCCAUGACCCAGGAGCAAAUGCACAGCUUCAGCCCCUGAAAGUUAUACCCCAAUCUACAGCAGUCAAGGCCAUGGAUUGGUGUCCCUGGCAGUCUCCGGUUCUUGCUAUUGGAGGAGGAUUGAAGGAUGGGCGUUUACACAUCUUGGACAUAAAUACUGGACAGAGCAUCCAGACUCCAACCACUAACUCACAGAUUUGUUCCCUAAUCUGGCUACCAAAGACAAACGAGAUUGCAACUGGUCAAGGCUCUCCUCAGAGUGACGUGACUAUGUGGGCCUGUCCUGAACUAGACAAGUCGGGUGGAUUUUUUGGCCACAGAGGCAGAGUGCUGCACUUGGCCUUGAGUCCAGGCCAGACCCGAGUGUGUUCUGCUGCCGCUGAUGGCACAGCCUAUGUCUGGAACUGCUGCUAG